CGUUGGCUCCUGCCACCAUCGUCUUCUUACCUCCUUCUGUCUAUCGUUCCUCGCUGCUCACCGUUGGCUCGACGCGUACCCUUACGCGUAUCUUGGGUCAAUAUUCAUUUCUUGCAGCACUUUAGUGAUACCAGUACCGCUGUUAUACCAAUCUUUAUUUUCCAACUAAACCCUUAAUAUUUCCAUCUAUCAUGAAUUCCAACGCUUCGACGACGGCCCGCUCGCCCCAAAAAUCCCCUAGUUUGGUUGCACACAGGACGGUCAAGCGAUCUUCCAUUCCUUCAUUAUCGUCUAAUUCUGCCAUUAAGGAUAGACGAAUAUCAGCACCUCCUGGAGAGAGCGUUAUUAGAGUAUCGGCCUCACCACCAUCCAUGGCUGCGACGCCGACAUCACCUACCCCCAACGGCGCGUGCGCUUCGACAAGCGGAGGCAUUCCACGGCUUAGAGCUACUCCAUCUGUCAUUUCAACGAAACGUUCUCUGGUUAAGACCAUCUACGCUCCUUCGAAUACAUCUCCCCAAGCGCGUGUUACAAACGAGAAUUCAACUUCGACAACUACCCCACCACGUGCCCAGCUCAGCCCACUGGCCACACCACCUUCACGCAUACGCAAAACACCCACGUUCUCCCCCGAACAGAGCCUUUCGCCUUCUAGCCAUCUAUCCUCACCUUCAAAGUCUCUUCUCGAAAGGCACUCCUCAACUCCCAAGACUACCUCACCGCGUUCCACGCUCGGACAGAGUCCCUUAUCCAAAAAUGGCACUCCCAACUCCAUGUAUCGUUCUUCUACAUUAGUGCCCAUGCCGAUCCCAGAGCAGCCAAAGUUACUAUCACAAUCUGCCGCCCUCCUCUCUCUUACUGAAAAAAGCACCGGGUACGGAAGCCCCGAGAAUCACUUCUUUUCCACCUCGGCUAUGAUCCCCUCUGUCUGGGCUACCGAUGACGAUAACACAACUCUGGACAUGGUCACAGAAGACGGAGACGAAUACGAGGGUGACGAAGAGCUUGCAGGUCUCUUGAGCCAGAUUUCAUCUCUUCAUUCGCGCAAGAUUACGUCAUAUAAGAGACUGCUGGAGCGUGCACAACUCUCGUCGGCAGCUCAAUUGCAUGCACUGCAAGCGGAGAUACAGAUUCUGAAAGAGCAGUUACAGAAUGGAGGUGGGCAUACUCACAAUCCAGUGCCCAUGAUAUCUGGCGAAGGCUUCUGUAGACAAUGCCGUAAGAAGAAAGGAUAUUGGGACGGAUACAGAGGGGAAGAUGACGAGGACGACGAAGGAGUUGAUGAUGAUCUUGCAUUCGUUUUAAAAGGUAAAGGCAAGUAUAAUUUUGACGAGAAAGCUGUGCGGAGGAUAGUCCGACAUAUGGGAAGGGCAGCCAGAGGCCGAUUAAUUGGAAUCAUAUUAGGAGCGUGUCACCCUGGUGAUAUCCCGCUCCAAAUUCUCCUCCUCCAACGUUACCUAAAAUCAACAUAUGAUGUCCUUGGGAAUCUCUCCCCAGAAUUGUCUCUACGGAUUCUGAAGGAGUUUAGUGUAUCGCAGUUGCUUGGACUGGCGGCAGUCUCCAAGAAGUGGUACGCGAUGGUACAUCACGCAUCUGUUUGGAGAUACCACUGUCUCAGAGUAACGGCAAAUGAUCCCGUCCCACUCAAAUGGCCUGACGAUGACACAGGAUGGUUCCCACUCUACCGCUCUCUCCACCACCUCCACUCUAACCUUGCCAAUGCGCUUCCUCAGUCUAUCUUGUUUUUGAAUGGGCAUACUAACUUUGUGACGACCCUCAUACUGAAGGGGAGACGGUUAGUCAGUGGGAGCUAUGAUGAGACGAUUCGGUUCUGGGAGUUGCCAGAGAGAGGUGUGGGGGUGGGGAUGAAUGCGGCUGCCAUCAGAGUAUCUGGCGGAAGUCAAAUGGAUGUAGAUGGUCUGGCCCAAUGUAAAAAGGUGCUGAGAGUUGGCAAAGUUGUUAGUUGUAUUGAUUGGUUAAUUGAAGAAGAGGUAUUUGUGGUCGGAUUCCACGCUGUUGGACGUGUCCAUCUUUUCUCUUCCUUAACAUACACUUCUCUUCAACAACUUGCUGGACAUCUCAACGGUAUCCGCGCUGUAGCUCUGAGUUCCAAGAAUCUAGUCUCCGCAGGUGCCGAUAAAGCACUUGUUUGUUGGGAUUGGCGCGCCGGGACGAAAAUUGUUCGUUUCGGGCAGCAGACUACAAUCAAUAUCGGCGUCCAAAUCAUCGCCGGCUCGACAAAUAACGAGGGUGAACGGGUUGUCAGCGUCACCAUUGACGGAGUUGUACGGGUAUUCAGUAUUCAGCGAAGAGAAAUGAUGUCACAAUUCAAGCUAUCUGAUCUUGGUGGCAUUGAUCCUGUGCUGAACGCAAAACUGCACAAUAUCGGCGCCGCCCCUAAUAACAUGUUACAAUGGUUUGCUGCCAAAGGCACGCAAAUGACCUGUGCUACCAAGUCGAUUGUCAUGCAUCUUCAAUGGCAAGAGGAAUCUGAAGACCCUAUUUCGAAAACUACAUCUAGCAAAUUAAUGGGGCCGCCUUCUCCAAAGAUCACUUCUCCGAUAUCAUUGUCUGCAAGCCUGAGUAAAGUUCCGGCUACUCCUCGUACUCGUGCAGUUUCAUCUAUGGCCCGCUCUACGUCACUUGUCAUAUCCAAUUCACAAUCUUCCUCUCGGCGCCCGUCUCUAAUAGCCAGCGUUUCGAGUGCCUCUGCUACUAAAAGCAAAUUAAGUAUGAGCUCUACCACGCGGGCUAGGACAUCUAGCACGUCUAUUAGCCCGACGUCGACAAGGACCGGGACACCCGCGGGGCUGUUCCCCAUCAGAUUUGGCAGAGCGGCGAUUUUAACUGCGCCGCCGAAAUUGGUUGCAAUGGUGGAGACGCCUGAUGUGGCCAUGGGGGCAGUCGACCCAAGGAAAAAGAGAGUGGUAACUGCUACAAGAUUCAGUUCUCGGGCGGGUGCCGACAGAAGAAUGUUCAUGUCUAUUCACGAAGACAAGGAGCAGCGCCAUACCGGAAACGACUCUUUGGAAGUAGAUGUGGACCUGGAUCUGGUUCUAGGGAUUACGUCGAGGAAUUCUUCGCCUUCAGUGGAUAUAGAUACCACCGUCACUCCCGUCACGGGCGCAUGGGCUGCUUUGGCUAAUGCUGACAGUGAGACUGGUUCUUCGGUGAAGGGUUUAAUUGGAUCCCUACCUCCUAAAUUCCAAGGAUUGGCAACGCCUGAGAAAAAUCCAAUGUCGAUGCAGUUGAGCCAUGAAGAGGUUGUGAUAGGGUGUGCAGAUGGAACUAUUUACGUCAUGAAUUUCGUUGGUUACGAGUAUCAGAAGCCUAGACAGCGGCCAGGGUCUGUCGAAGUGUCUUCCGACGAUAUUGAUAUCGAUGACGAGACCAUCAGCGAAUCAGACUAAAGCUUUGGCACCUAAGAAUGCUUUGUUUGAUCCUUUCUGUGUCGCUCCAGCAUGUUAUGAACAUUUCUAUACACUACUUGUCUAAUGAACAUCUAUGGUUUGUCGCUGC